UGUACCACCUUGUAUUGUUGAUUGGUUAUUUGAGAGGAAGGGUGUCUUUCUAGCCUAGCUGCAAAGAGUGGUGCUAAAUUACAAGUUUAGGUGAUAAAAAUUACUAGGAAUACCAGGUUGCCAUAAAAAAUGACGGCUGCUGUUAAUUCAUUCACCAUUCGAUUUGUCUGUCUGAUUUUCAUUGGACUUUGUGUUGGUAGCAUUGUCCUAGGCCAUGGUCACACACACUCUCACGGCGGCCACGGACAUACACACGGCGGCCACGGUCAUGCACACGGCGGCCACGGCCAUGCACACGGCGGCCACGGCCAUGCACACGGCGGACAUGGCCAUACACACGGUAGCGCUGGGCACGGGCAUGCCCAUGGAGGUGGACAUGGACAUGCUCAUGAUGGUGGGCAUGGGCAUGCACACGAUGCUGACCCUAAAGCAGCAUUCAAAAGUCGAUACUCAAAGGAAGCUAAUGAACCUCGGCCUACACAAGAACCUCAGCCGCCCAUAGUACUUCAUAAUGAAGAUCAUCAUCAUCAUCAUGAAGACGAACCACGCAAACCAGUUAGGGACAAGGGUACAAUUUGGUGGCAGGCUAUUGGUUCCACUAUCUUAAUAAGUGCUGCACCCUUUGCUAUCCUCUUUGUAAUCCCACUAGAUCAGAGCAAUGCACAAGGCCCGCUACUCAAGGUUCUGCUCGCUUUUGCCUCCGGUGGUCUACUGGGCGAUGCCUUCCUUCACCUAAUCCCGCAUGCCGUAAACCCACACAGCCACGGUGGUGAUGAUCAUGGUCAUACCCACAGUCACAGCCACGAGCAUUCGCAUGAUUCUGAAGGUCACUCUCACGAUAUGAGCGUAGGCUUAUGGGUACUUUGUGGAAUUGUUGCAUUCCUGGUUGUUGAGAAGUUUGUACGAUUGGUUAAGGGUGGUCAUGGCCAUUCGCAUGGUCCAGCACCUGUGCAGAAGGAUGCUAAGGAGAAAAAGGAGGAUGAGAAGAAAAAAGAGGAUGAGAAGAAAGAAGAAAAGGUUGAUAAAGAAGAUGAUGAUAAAAAGGAUAAGAAGGAAAUAGAAGAAAAACAUGAAGAAGUUGAGAUCAAGGUGUCUGGAUAUCUCAACCUCGCAGCUGAUUGCACCCACAAUUUCACCGAUGGUCUUGCAAUCGGAGCUUCGUUUCUUGUCAGCACUAAUGUCGGCAUAGUAACCACAAUUACAAUUCUCCUACAUGAGGUUCCACAUGAGAUCGGAGACUUUGCAAUCCUUGUGCAGUCAGGAUGUACAAAGAGAAAGGCAAUGUAUCUACAACUGGUUACGGCAGUGGGUGCAUUGGCUGGCUGCAUCUGUGGACUCCUAGCCGAAGGGGCAGGUGACGCAGCAACGCUUUGGAUUCUACCAUUUACAGCUGGAGGUUUCAUCUACAUAGCUACAGUUUCAGUAAUUCCAGAAUUACUAGAAGAGGAAUCUACUGUUAUGCGAUCACUAAUGGAAAUUGUUGCUAUUUUAACCGGUAUUGCUCUCAUGAUCCUUAUAGCAGAGUUUGAAUAACUUGUUAGUUUUUUCUCAUUCACCCAGACACCCUACCGUGGGUAUUACAUUCUUGUCCUGUUUAUUGAAAGUGUUUGUAUUUUGGGGAGGCAGGCCAUGUGGCAUUGAUAAAAGGUUUUCACCAUAUAUAAUUUCAUUGGUGAAGAUUGUUUACAAUUGUAUUGGUGAAAAAUAUAAAAUUGAUCCAGACUCUUAAUGUGAAUAUCUGUGAAUUCCAUAGAGUGACUGGCUGAAUGAGACUAAAUGAUAAUUUAUGACUAAAUGGUUCAAGAUUGAAGUUGACCUCAGGUUAAAGGUUACAUAAUAGAGCAUUAUUUUGUAUGUACCAAGGUGAGUGUAAUGCAAGUUCAAAACUUUGCAUAAUUGUUUCCAUGUUUGUCCAAUAAAUGUGGUUUAAGAAAAAAUUUACCGUAAUUGAAAGUUAUGGUAAAACUUACACUUACUUACUUUACUUACUGGAAAUUAGGUAUAGAAAAAAUUGUCAAAUGCUUGCUAGUCUAAUGAAAAAAUAUAUUUAUAAACUAUCAGUACCUUAUUUGAAAGAUCUAGUAUUUAGAUUUUUUUAUAAUAAAAAUUUUUAAAAUUGUUUUAUUGGAAUUACUCAGCAUGAGGCAAUUACUUUUGACUUACCAAAAUGUUAAAAUCAACACAUUGUGGCACAGAUUGAAGAAUUCCAGCUGCAUACAACUGAAUUACUGUAUUGGAUUUUUAUCACUUUUUAAGCCAUUUUCUCACAAAUUAUCUUUUUUAGGGUUUUUUUUUUCUGGUUUGCAUUUAACUUGUUAUCGUUCAAAUUGUAUCCUAGACCGUCCUUCAUUUUGUGAUGGGUUACCCUAUAUAUUUAUUUACAGUUUUAGAUCAUGGUGUGCACAUUGUCAGAACACUUGCAUGCUCAUGCCUCCAGGCACAGAUUGUUUAUAUCACAUCAUAGAACUGCAAUUUUGUUAAAUAUCAUUUUCACCAUUAAAAUUUAAUUUAAUUAUUACUAUUAUUUUUAUUAUUAAAAAUAGAUAUCAGUUGACAUAAGUAAACCACUAUUAUUAUUAUUAUUAUUAUUAUUAUUAUUAUUAUUAUUGUUAUUUUUAUUGUUGUUGUUAUUAUUAUUUUACUUAAAGAAAAACACAUUUUAUCAUAAAUGCCCAGUAGUGCUGAUAUUGAGUUUUAUUGUUUGCUACAAUAAUAAUUGUUUUUUGCUUUGUGCACUAUUGAUGGUGUAUAUGCUGUGAAUAAACAAUAAUUAUGGAAUUGUGUAUCUGGGCAACAAAACCAAAAUUCUCACCAUCAUGGCUAAUUUUUGGACAUGAGUUUAAUAUUCAUGUAAUUAGUUAUUUGGGGUAUUUGAAAUGGCAUAAGAAUAAAAGCCUGGUUUAAAUAAAAAUCGCUACACGCUAUCGGGGAUUUCUUUGGCGACGUUGAUUGAUCAGUUAAAUUGGAAAGCGUUCCUGAUUGCGUCGGGGACACCUACGCAGUGCAAGGAUUGCAGUGAAAACGCUGUAGCGAUUUUUAUGGCAACCAGGCUUAAGCAAAGAAGCGAUGUGACGUAAAUGUCAAUUCGCACUUUCAAAGAAUAUACUGUAAUGCCAUAAUUAAUAUGCAAGCAUCUGUCUUUAUUGUUAUUAGGAUGUGAAAAAUAAUAUUAAUGCUUAAUUAGCAAAGAAUUUUAUUACCAAACGUAAAUAUGUCAAUUUGCCAUGAAAUAUUGCUCAGAGAAUGCACUUUAUGUCAUAAUUAAUAUGUGAAAGUCUGCCUUUAUUGUUAUUCGGAUGUGAAAGUGAAUAUUUAUUUUUGAUCAACAGGAGUUUGAUAACUCAAUCAUAAAAUUCCUGAAAAAUUCAGGAAUUUCCUAAAAAAAACUAAUCUGGUGGUGGUUUUUUUUUUAUUUUCUUUUGCAGAAUAUUUAUAGAUAUCUAUAAAUCAUUUAAAAUUUUUUCACACAUUAUACUGUCAUUAAUUUGUUUAUUUUGAAAUUUUACAUUUAUGUUAAGGAGGAAAGAAUGCCAUUUUUAUGCUGAAUACAAAGUGCAAAUUAUUUUGUAGGUAUAAAAUGCAGUUAAAAAUGACCAAUUGGGACUUGUAAUGAUCAUAUCAUUUUGGGCAGUCCUUUAAACAGCAUUUUUAGUUUAUUACUCUAUUUUUUUUAAGAAAUUUAAAUUGUUUCUGUAAGAUAUUUUUUAUGCUGCUGUAUAGUAGUAAGUAAAAAAUAGUCAAUAAAGUUUAAUAAUUCACUUUUUGCUACUUUA